GGUACGGCCAGCGCUUUAUAUUCCGUAUUCUGUAGUCCGUAGUCCGCAUUCAAAUCGAUCGGUCAGGAUGUUAAGCCAUUCCCGCCUUUUAUUGCUUACCGCUUUAUUGGGUGUGUUUCUGGGACAUAUCUCCGCAGAUCCUGAAUCCCAGAAUACACAGCUUGACGAUACUGUGACGCGGGAGAAACGGGGCACCGUAACUCUGGACUUUGGGCUGCUCCUGCGGAAUUUGCUGCUAAAGAGCGCCCAGUUGUCCUCGGCCAAGGCCAAUCUUGUGCGGACCACACGCCGACCGCCCACGACCACUACAACGACGCCAGCUCCACCACCACCUCCUCCGCCACGGAUCCGGAAACCUUUCUGGCAUCCGUUCUUCAGUUCCGGUUUCCUACCACUUGACUACUCAGACUUGGCUGAUCCACCAGCGCCACGACCAACAGCACCUCCCCCGCCCGCUGCGCAGCCGACCAGACGCGUACGUCCACGUCCUCGCCCGACGCCGCCGCCACCGCCUCCUCCGCCGAACUAUGACUAUGACUACGACUAUGAUGCCCCGGCACCACCCCCUGCCCCCACUGAAGCUCCUCCUCCCCCACCACCUGCCGCUCCACCACGCCCAAGGCCACGGCCACGUCCUCGCCCGCCGCAGCAGCAGCCUGAUCCUCAACAGCGGCAGCUCGGGGGUCGACUUAUCUAUCAGUACGCACAACCUACUGAUACCUUCUUUAGGUCGCGAGCCGAGGCGGAGGCGGCGGAUGACCCGGACAGUGGAGAUGAUUCCGUAGCAGUUUCAGAUACGGAUUUAGGUGCGAAUGCAGAUGCUGCUGAUGGAGCUCAACCUAAUACUCCUACUGCUUCAACUGCUCCGCGAUUUUUGGUCAACUACGAGAGUGAUAGCGACUAUGGGUCACCGCCUUCAGGACAGCAAGAUCCACCUACGGCACCCGGAAUUCCCGCAUCACCCCAGGGCUAUUUCUCAAAUUUUGAUUUUGGCAGCAUCACCCGCUUCCCGACUCCCAAUCAUCAGCAGUACUUUUAUAACUAA